CAUGGCGCUUGGUUUGAAAUGACAAUACAAUUCGUGUUUUGUAUGGACAUAGUGCUACAGUCUGGUUAUGCGGUUCAGUGUUCAUGCUGAUUCGUGCAUCUUUUUGUGGUAGUAUCGCCUUCAUGUUUACCAUCUGUUCUGAAAUUCAGUCUUUAAUGCAGUGUUAUUACCAGGAAUCUACUUUUUUCAUCACCAGCCAAAAAUGCCUUGAUGUUUAUCUUACUAGCCACACACACACACUCACUAAGAAUAAUGGGUCGAAGUGGCUAGUAAGUUGGUCUUUUCUACCAGCCAACCUGAAAUCCGGUUAGUUGGUGUUAAUUUAGAGCCAUGUUAACAUACCCCUGCCCUUCCUUGUAGAGUUGUGUGCAGUGAUGUCAGAACAACAACCUAUACACCCUAAGAUGACCUUUCGCUCAAAGACUCACCAGGACACUAUACUGAAUAAAUUAGACAUCUUGAGGAAAAAAGACAUUCUUUGUGAUAUCACUCUCAUUGUGGAGCAAGUGCACUUCAAAGCACACAAAGCCUUACUGGCAGCCAGUAGUGAAUACUUCUCCAACCUGUUGAUGGCUGUGGAUUUACCCACCACAUCCCAGGCUGUGUAUCAGCUGGAGGGCAUGGCUUCUCAGGCCUUUGAGGGAGUCCUGGAGUUCAUCUACAGUGCUAGUGUGUGUGUUGAACAGAGCGCCAGUGAACAACUCCUGAACACAGCACGCUUCCUUGGAGUCACUGACUUGCUCUGUGCAGCAGACAGCAACACGGAGAGAGCACCUGGUGCUUCUUUACAUUCAGGAAGCAGCUGCGGUGCUGAGGUGCUGGUGGUGCCCACCGCCUCUCACACAGACUCAGAUGGGACCUUCAUAGAUAGCGAGGAGCCUAGCCAAACGCAGGCUCCAUCGAAACGGAAGAGAGGGAGGCCAAAGAAAAACACAAAUUCAGGCAUGGUGAAAAUCACAGGCACAGCAGUGGUUGGCGAGGGCGGCCCACCACCAACUGACACCAACAUCAAGCCAACAGAUGAGCAGCAGGAUGGAAACAGUGGCCAUGGGAACGAUGGUGCAAAUGGUGAUGAUGGGAGUCCGUCCCGGCCUGCCAGAGACGAUGCCAAAGAUUCAGGUGCCCUAGAUUCAGGUGGUGUGGAGGAUCGUCGUGUACCACCCACACGUCAGAGCAAGAGGAAGAUCAGGCGCCCGGUGAAGCUGAGCGGCUACCGGCUGGAGGACGAAGGGACGGAGCCUGGCCAGCCGGAGAGGCGUGGGAGGAAGAGGAAGUACCCAGACACAGUGCCCCGUUGCCAAGACUGUGGCAAGGUCUUCAAGAACCACGUCUUCCUCAAUGUGCACCUGCGCACCCACACUGGCGAGAGGCCCUACAUGUGUAGCACAUGUGGAAAGGACUUCACCCAGAAGCACACGCUGCUGAUCCACCAACAGAUGCACACGGGAGAGAAGCCCCACGUCUGCACUGUCUGCAACAAAGCGUUAUCAACCAAACACUCUCUACAGGAGCACAUGAACCUACACACAGAACAAAAGCUAUUCAGCUGUGACCAGUGUGGAAGGAGCUUUACCCAGAAGAGGCAGCUGAAGAGUCACUACCGGGUGCACACAGGCCAGUCGCUACCAGAAUGUGCCCAGUGCCAAAGACGUUUCCUGGACGCGGCGCAGCUGAAGAAACACCUGAGAACUCACACAGGUGAGAAGCCAUUCACAUGUGAAAUCUGUGGAAAGUGUUUUACUGCCAAGAGCACCCUUCAGACCCACAUCAGAAUUCACAGGGGGGAGAAGCCUUACGCGUGCCGCGUGUGCGGCAAGUCCUUUUCGGACGCCAGCGCCCACAGACGCCACGUGUCCUCCCACUCCGGCAAGAAGCCCUUCAGCUGCUCCGUCUGCAACCUGUCCUUCGCCCGGCCCGACAACCUCCGCACCCACGCCAAGACCCACAGCAAGGAGUGGCCUCGGGACCCCCCCUCCUCCACCUCCCCAGCAGCAGCAGCAGCAGCAGCAAGUGGGCCUUCCUCCCAGCAUGACACCCCUGGGCCUGGGGAAGGUGUGGUGCUCAGCUCCGGGGGGGUGUCCACCGACUCAGCUACGGAAACUACGGACGUCCGAAACCUUAUCCAGCUGCAGCCAUACGAGGUGCCUGCAGCUGGCGAGCACCAGCAAGAGAUUCAGCUGGUGGUCACGGCGGGUGAUGUGGUGGAGAACAUCAACUUCGUGCCCAGCGAGCAUCAGGCGGGCAUCAGUAUCAUCGCGUCUGCUACUACAGGGGAGAGCGGUGGUGGUGGAGCGGGUGGCGGCCAUGGCCAUGGUCAUCAUAACCCCCCGGCCACCCCCAGCCUCACCCUCCUCACCCAGCCCUCAGGACACCACAUGCUGGUGGCACAGGACACGGCUGCUGACCCCUCCUCAGCCUCCCACAUCCAGGCCAUCAGCAUGCUGGGGGGGCAGGUUGGUGCUGCAGGGGGAGGCGGUGGAGGAGGUGGCGGUGUGGGGCAGGCUGAGCAGAUGCACGUCAUCACCCUCACCAAAGAAGCCAUGGAGCAGCUCCACCCAGCCAUGGCUCACCACGUCCACCAGGCUCCACCCAGCAGCCAGGGGGCGCUGCAGCAGCUGUUACCGCGCCCCACCACCACCCAGCCCCUGCAGCAGCAGCAGCAGCCCAUCCACAGUCACGGCAGCAUGAUGCCACAACAACAACUGGCGGCCGUCUUGCCCCAACAACACGUCAGUCCCAUCGCCAGCCUCCAGGGUGAACAGCGUGAGAGCCAGGCCAUCCACAUCAGCAGCCAGGCCGGCCAGCCCAUCUGCAUCAGCCAGACCAGGCAGCAGAUACCCAGCCACCACAUCCAGGGACAGACCUUCCAGAUCCAGGCGGGGAACGUGUCCUACCUGUACACCACCAGCCUCGCCCCCAACACCUGAUGCAGGUAGUACACCACCAGCCUCGCCCCCAACACCUGAUGAGGCGGGUGCAGGUGCAGGACACCACAAGCCUCGCCCCCAACACCUGAUGAGGCGGGUGCAGGUGCAGGACACCACCAGCCUCGCCCCCAACACCUGAUGCAGGUGCAGGUGAUCUGAAGGUCUGAAGGAGAGAUGGAAGACUGUGCAAAAGAAGACAAUCCGCACACUCCAGCUCUUUUUGUGCAAAGCUUUACUUGAAGUGCAGUAAAGCUUUGCACAAAAAAGACCUGAAAUGUGUGGAUUGUCUCCUUUUCUACAGAAACUUCAACUGAAUUCUGCACCCUCUAAACAGAUGAGCGAUGACCAAUCACAGUUUGAGAGAUGAAAGACUGAAAUGUUUUUUGAAGACAUUCAAAAUGGAGGGCUGCAAGAUCUCAGGCAUGGUGCAUGAAAUGAGGUGUGGGGAAGUAAGGUACAUGGGCAUCAUAAUCAGAUUGAAAAUGUUUUGGUAAAGUCAGCCAUAUGACUACUGUAUACCUGGCUAUCUGCCCUGCAAAGGGAGAAUAGUGCCUACGCCGCAAGCGGGAAACCUGAUCCAGUGAAAUACUGAACUGUGAAAAGACUGGAAGGUGACAUCCAAGACCUUUGAUGAAGUGCCACAGGUAGUGUUUCUACACCAGAUGUUUAAAGUAAAGAUGGGAAAGUGUGUGUG